UGCUACAUACAUUUUGCAGCUGCAGCCUGCUGACAGUCAAGAUACAACUACAUAUUAAAAUGUCUGUGAAUUUAUAAUGGGAUAAAAGUACUGAAGCCUUUAUUGUAGUAUGAAGGUGUCCCAGUAGUUUUCUCCAUAUAGUGUAACUAAUGUAGGUAGUUAUUUUUGGUUAAUUGACCUGCUUUUAUUUUAAUACACAAUUUUUUUUUCUUUGUUUUUCCAGAAUAAACAACCAGGAUAUUUAAUAAAGAGCAGUGUUAAACUGCUGAAAGAGGUGAAGCACAAGCCAUCCAGAAGAAUCUCCUGAAAACGCAGAAAUUGUUUGCUACAUUUCACAGACAGAUGGAGCCAAGUCCCGACAUGGAGAAACAUCAGCACUCUGUCAAGAGUUUUACUAAACAGAGUGAUCUCAAAAAACACCAGCGCAUUCACACAGGAGAGAAACCGUAUCACUGCUCAGACUGUGGGAAGAGUUUUACUCAACAGAGUACUCUCAAACUGCAUCAGCGCAUUCACACAGGAGAGAAACCAUAUCACUGCUCAGACUGUGGAAAGAGUUUUAAUCAACAGAGUGAUCUCAAAAAACACCAGCGCAUUCACACAGGAGAGAAACCGUAUUACUGUUUCGACUGUGGGAAGAGUUUUACUGAACAGAGUAAUCUCAAAAAACACCAGCGCAUUCACACAGGAGAGAAACCGUAUUACUGUUUCGACUGUGGGAAGAGUUUUACUGAACAGAGUCAUCUCAAAAAUCACCAGCGCAUUCACACAGGAGAGAAACCGUAUUACUGCUCAGACUGUGAUAAGUGUUUUACUACACAGAGUACUCUCAAAAUACACCAGCGCAUUCACACAGGAGAGAAACCGUAUCACUGCUCAGACUGUGGGAAGAGUUUUACUCAACAGAGUACUCUCAAACUGCAUCAGCGCAUUCACACAGGAGAGAAACCAUAUCACUGCUCAGACUGUGGAAAGAGUUUUAAUCAACAGAGUGAUCUCAAAAAACACCAGCGCAUUCACACAGGAGAGAAACCGUAUUACUGUUUCGACUGUGGGAAGAGUUUUACUGAACAGAGUAAUCUCAAAAAACACCAGCGCAUUCACACAGGAGAGAAACCGUAUUACUGUUUCGACUGUGGGAAGAGUUUUACUGAACAGAGUCAUCUCAAAAAUCACCAGCGCAUUCACACAGGAGAGAAACCGUAUUACUGCUCAGACUGUGAUAAGUGUUUUACUACACAGAGUACUCUCAAAAUACACCAGCGCAUUCACACAGGAGAGAAACCGUAUUACUGCUCAGACUGUGAUAAGUGUUUUACUACACAGACUCAUCUCAAACUGCACCAGCGCAUUCACACAGGAGAGAAACCAUAUUACUGUUUCGACUGUGGGAAGAGUUUUACUGAACAGAGUCAUCUCAAAAAUCACCAGCGCAUUCACACAGGAGAGAAACCGUAUCACUGCUCAGACUGUGGAAAGAGUUUUAAUCAACAGAGUGAUCUCAAAAAACACCAGCGCAUUCACACAGGAGAGAAACCGUAUUACUGUUUCGACUGUGGGAAGAGUUUUACUGAACAGAGUAAUCUCAAAAAACACCAGCGCAUUCACACAGGAGAGAAACCGUAUUACUGUUUCGACUGUGGGAAGAGUUUUACUGAACAGAGUCAUCUCAAAAAUCACCAGCGCAUUCACACAGGAGAGAAACCGUAUUACUGCUCAGACUGUGAUAAGUGUUUUACUACACAGAGUACUCUCAAAAUACACCAGCGCAUUCACACAGGAGAGAAACCGUAUUACUGCUCAGACUGUGAUAAGUGUUUUACUACACAGACUCAUCUCAAACUGCACCAGCGCAUUCACACAGGAGAGAAACCAUAUUACUGUUUCGACUGUGGGAAGAGUUUUACUCAACAGAGUGAUCUCAAACUGCACCAGCGCAUUCACACAGGAGAGAAACCGUAUCACUGUUCAGACUGUGGGAAGGGUUUUACUUUACAGAGUGAACUUAUAUUACAUCAGUGCAUUCACAAAAGAGCUGAAAGAGGUAAAGCAGAAGCCUUCCUGAAGAAUCUCCAGAACACGCAGAAAUUGUUUGCUACAUUUAAAAGACAAAUGAAGCCAAGUCCCGACAUGGAGAAACAUCAGCACUCUGUCAAGAGUUUUACUCAACAGAGUAGUCUCAAAAAACACCAGCGCAUUCACACAGGAGAGAAACCGUAUCACUGCUCAGACUGUGGGAAGAGUUUCAAUCAACAGAGUCAUCUCAAACUGCACCAGCGCAUUCACACAGGAGAGAAACCGUAUCACUGCUCAGACUGUGGAAAGAGUUUUAAUCAACAGAGUCAUCUCCAACAACACCAGCGCAUUCACACAGGAGAGAAACCGUAUCACUGCUCAGACUGUGGGAAGAGUUUUACUAAACAGAGUACUCUCAAAAACCACCAGCGCAUUCACACAGGAGAGAAACCGUAUCACUGCUCAGACUGUGGGAAGAGUUUUAAUCAACAGAGUACUCUCCAACAACACCAGCGCAUUCACACUGGAGUAAAACCAUAUCACUGCUCAGACUGUGGGAAGAGCUUUAAUCGACUGCAGACUGUCAAACGGCAUCAGCGCAUUCACACAGAAGAGAAACCAUAUCACUGCUCAGACUGUAGGAAGAGUUUUAUUACACAGAGUAAACUUAAAAUACAUCAGCGCAUUCACACAGGAGAGAAACCUUAUUACUGCUCAGACUGUGGGAAGAGCUUUAAUCGACUGGAGACUGUCAAACGGCAUCAGCGCAUUCACACAGGAGAGAAACCGUAUUGCUGCUCAGACUGUGGGAAGAGUUUUAAACAACAGAGUCAUCUCAAAAAACACCAGCGCAUUCACACAGGAGAGAAAAAUGUCCCAAAUUUGUCCCAUGGCAAUUAAAAGCGCAAAUCAUAAAUUCCACCAGAAACAAAUAUGAACUGUAUUUAACAAUGGAUUUUACAGGUUCAGCAAAACUAUUCUUAUCCAGGGAUGAUGUGUAUAGAAUUCCAUGUUAUGUUUGUAUGUCUUGUAAGUUUGAAUAUUCCAGGACAUUCAUUGUGAGACAGAGCUCAGUUUUUAGGUUAGUUACUGUUGCGCAGUAAGGUUACAGGCUCAUUCACUCCCUCUGCUGGUGUUCUUGUUUGUCUAUGGUUCAGUCCAAUUAAAAAUCUGUUACUAUAGAGCAGGGGUGUCAAACUCAUUUUGGCCGAGGGCCACAUUGGCAUAUUGGCUGUCCUCUGAGGGCCAGAUGUAACUUAUAAAUGUAAUAAAAUGUAACCAAAUGUAAUAUAUGUAAAUGAAUGUAAUUACUCCUUAAUGUUAAAUAACUCUCAAUAUAUUAUUUAUUCAAUCAAAUAUUACAGUUGCAUGGAAAAAAUGUUUGCUUGUUGCUCUAUUAACAUAAAUCCUUUUAAUUUGUCAUGUCAUGAAAUCCAAAAACUCCAUCAAUCAAGAACCAAACUAUUCAAGUGAAUAGAAAUGACAUCAAGUUAUAUUAACUUUGAAAUUAUUAACUGAAAUAAGGCUUAAUAAAUAUAAAAUCAAAGAUUGUGAGCUGUUAAGAACAUAGCAUUCCCUCAGAUUUAGCAUUUCCUCAGAUUUAGCAGUUGUUCAUCCAACCACUAGUGGGAGCUGCAGCAGCAGCACCACAAGUCCGCAGUCUUUACUGAGUCAGAGCUACAGCCCAGCCACGGGCUACAGGGCUCAGCUGAGCCAGUCUGGAGCGUUUUUAAAAUUUUUAAGUUCUUCUGUGUAUGAAAUAAAGAUUUUUGUAACCGAAUAAUACAGCUCUCUACAGUUCAUCUUUCAGCCCAAUCAGCUAACAGCAGCCGUUUAGAGCAUGAGUCACUGCUGGGAUUACAUUAAAAACAGGUCAGUUAGCGAGCUGCUAACCUCAGGAUGUUUAUAACUACGGAGUUUAGUGGACACACCACGGCUGCAAGGUUAGACUGUUGAAGGCUACUGGAGACUAUUAAAGGCUAUUGGAGGUUAUUGAAAUGGUUAUUGGGGGCAGAAAUCAGUAAAGGCUGGUUAGAUAAGUGAUUCACGUCAUCGUACUUUGCUGCGGUGAAACUGCGACUAGCGCUGUCACAGUGAUGUUUAUUAACGUCAUUAAAACAGAUUUUGUCAGCUAUUGUCUUAUAAAUAUUUACACAGAACUUAUAUCUCUUCUAAAAAGCGUUUAUUUUGGUCAGUAACACUCUUCGUAACACAAAAGGCAUACCGGUCUUUCGCCUUGAAGCACAGCCGUCCGUCUGCAUCAGCUUCUCUUUUUCUGGACAUUAUGGGAUAAACGUUUAUAUGUCUCAAUUCCACCCGCGAAGUUACGCCUUCCCUCGGCAGGGUUUCCACAUCAAUGACUACACUGCUGUGUAGUGGCAGUAAGCCGUAACUUUGUGGGUAAUACAAUCGACAAGCAUUGUAGGAAAUGUAUUUUUUGGUCAAAGAACGCUUCUGACCUAUUUAUUAUAGACACUAAGAUCUUACAAGCUCUCGCGGGCCACAUAAAAAGACGUGGCGGGCCACAUUUGGCCCGCGGGCCUUGUGUUUGACACAUGUGCUAUAGAGGGAUAUAGAGAGAUAUUUGGUUGUGUUGUAUUACUCAAGUUUUAUACUCUCUUAUCUUUUCCUUAUUGAAUAUUAAAUGUUGCUUAUGUUUUUUUUUAAUCUCCAAAGUUACUAAGAAUAUCCAAAUAAUGUAGUUUCUUAAUUGUUUUUAUCCAGUACAAACUAUUAUCUUUGUAUUACUUCACCUCUAUAUUUACCCAUGUGUGUUUUAAUAAACAGCUUUUAUAUUGCA